AUGAAUUUCCAGACACCCGUGGAUGAUUAUUGUCGUGCAUGGCAGGCUUUUGAUCUCGACGUACCAAAAAUCAAGCCGAGUAACGAUGGUGAUCAUUUUUUCAUCGAAGUUCACAUGGAGAAGACUUAUUUUCCAUUGGAAGAAGAGGAGGACGACGACGAACUAAAUCCAGAUUAUCUACUCGAUUAUGAUUGCGACACAAGUAUUUCGCCUUUUUGGGAACCAUGUGGGAGGGUCGAGCACAACAAUUUGCCGUUGAAUAGAAUCUCUAAAAUCCUUUGUGAAGUUGGAGUGCCAUUGCAUCGACAGGGUUUCAUGAUGCACCGAAUCUCGGAGGAGGCUGAUGAAAUUGCCAAUGCACCCUUCAACAAGAACAAAAAGAUUUUGUCCAUGAUUGUUUCGAUAAGUAUUGUGGCUGUGAAGCCAAUUCUUAACCAUAUCAGGGCCAAGUGUAGAGAGGGUGAUCAUUUUUUCAUCGAGUAUUUUCCAUUGGAAGAAGAAGAUGAAGAAAUGCCAGAUUAUCUACUCGAUUACGAUUCCUACAAGAGUAUUUCGACUUUCUGGGAACCGUGUGUGAGAGUCGAGCAAAACAACUUGCCAUUGAAUAGAAUCUCUAAAAUCCUUUGUGAGGUUGGAGUGCCAUUGCAUGGACAAGGUUUCAUGUUGGACGAAAUCUUAGCCGAGGCUGAUAAAAUUGCCAAUAAACCCUACAACAAGAACAAGAAGAUUUUUGUCCAUGUCCCUAGCGAUAGUCAACAAGCGUAUCGAAGUGAUUGGUCAUUGAUCCUUGCUCCGGUUCUUGGUCAAAGACCUGGCUUCCACUACUUGGGAGCUGACAAUAUCACGUUCUCUCUAGCACAUCACUUUUCAAAUCCAGUAGCAACGACUACAAGGGCUAAAGCAGAGCCCAUGCAGUCUACACAAGUGAUCCUCGACAAGACAUAUUGUGCUCAUUGA